GUUUCCGUUCCCAACCUGCGAAUCCUUCGUUCUCAGCGUUACCAUUCCUCCCGGAUCGCGCCGCGCCGCGCCGCACUACAGACUUUUUUUUCAUAUUUGUCAAUUUCUAACCUUCGCUCUCCCUGAAGGGCACUCCUUCGACAAUCACCACUCUUGUUUCUGUCUCGCUCACUCGCUCUCUUUUCUCUUCCAAAAAUGCGCCCUCUAGUCUCGCACGUCUCCCUUCUUCCGCUGUCCCUAUCUUUCCUCCUACCCAACCCCCCGGUUCUCCUCUUCCUCUUUCCCUUUCCAGUCCCAGCCCUCGCGGCGGCCCAGCAAACCGAAAGAGCCAUUACCAUUACCGCCGCCAUUAAGCGGGACAACGCCGCGCCCUCCAUCUUCCGCCCUCCGUCUUCCUCGGGCUACGUCUACUACGGCUGCUACAACGAGACGACGGAGCUGCCCGACACGGCCGGGGUCCGGGCGCUCCAUGACGGCACCAACUUGGUACAGCCGGAUAGCAUGACGGUCGAGAUGUGCUUGGACUUUUGCAUGACCGGGGCGGGCGACGCGGACGGCGGGCAGACGGGGCGGUUUCAGUUUGCUGGACUCGAGUACGCGUGGGAAUGCUGGUGCGGCCAGAUGCUCUCGAGCAUGUCCGCAAAGUUGCCUGACGCCGCGUGCAACCUGCCGUGCGACGGCAACACCACACAGGCGUGCGGUGGCAGCCUGAAGCUGACGGUUUACAUGGCUGGCGCUGCCAUCGCGCGCAUCGCGUGGUCUGCUGGCCUGGCCGUGAUGGGCGCAACAUUAUUCGCUCUGCUCUAGUUGAGACUGUGAAACCCUUGGCCGGACCGUCAUGAGCAAUGUGGUUUCCUGCUACUAGUAGUUUGAUAUGCGGCGAGGCUUCUGGCGUAGAUACCCAUCUAGACCUUCUUUGUUCAU